AUGGAUCUCUUUUCACUUACAGGUAGAACGGCAUUGAUUACGGGCGGCACCCGAGGAAUCGGCCAGGCCAUGGCCAUCGCGCUGGCGGAGGCGGGUGCAGACAUUGUGCUGAUCCAAAGAGAUACUAGCAACCAAAGUACCAAGCAGCAAAUCGAACAACUUGGACGAAAAGCGACAAUUUACACGGCGGACCUUGCCUCGCAAGAAUCCAUCUCCUCCUUAGUACCUAAGGUAACCCAGGAUGGGCACGAUAUCGACAUCCUUUUGAACUGCGCGGGGAUACAGCGGCGGCAUCCAAGCCACCAGUUUCCACUACAAGACUGGGAUGAGGUUCUCCAAGUCAAUCUCACCACCGUCUUUACCCUUUGCCGCGAUGUGGGAGCCUACAUGUUGACUCGGCCACCCAACAAAUCCGGUUCCCGCGGCAGCAUCAUCAACGUCGCCUCGCUAGUCUCCUUCCAAGGCGGUCUGACAGUACCUGCCUACGCGGCGGCCAAGGGAGGUGUUGCCCAACUAACCAAGGCCCUCUCAAACGAAUGGGCAUCCAAGGGGAUUAAUGUGAACGCGAUUGCACCGGGUUAUGUCGCGACCGACAUGAACACGGCUCUUAUUCAGGACAAGGAGCGGGCGGCCAGCAUUCUUGCACGAAUUCCCGCGGGGCGUUGGGGGGAUCCGGAGGAUUUCAAGGGGUCGGUGGUGUAUCUGGCGAGUCGAGCAAGCGCGUACGUCAGUGGAGAAAUCUUGACUGUGGAUGGUGGGUGGAUGGGUCGAUAG